AUGCCUGAAAAUACUAAAGAACAAAUUACUUCAUCGCAAUCGAUUUCCAAGGGUAAAAAGAAAGUAUUGGAUAAUGUUGCCAGUUCUACAUCCAAUUUUCUUCACACAAUUAUACCAAUGGAUGGAAAAAGUGCAACUGCAAAUUUAUCUACUUUAAUGAAUAACAUUACAACCCAGAAGCCCGGGACUUCCUCAACAUUAGCCACUUCGUUUUUACAAGAAGAAUGGGUAACGGGACAAAUAUACGAAGAUAAACAACCUAAAAAGUUUGCUACAAGCCAAUCGGUUAAUCCUGACUUUAACGAUGCUAAAUGGGAAAAUUGGAUCAACUCUUCCGAAUAUUCUGAUUAUGAUAAUUUUUUUGAAAUGUCUAAACAUAAAUAUCCUUUUCAUCAUCACUUUCACGAACAGGAUUCUCUUCACAAUAGUUAUCAGAAAGAUGAUGGUAUCGAAAUUAUCGACUUUUUAAACUCUUCAAUUUACACUGACGAAGUAUAUGUUUCUAACUUUAAAGAUGAGGAUCACAUUCCUUCCAGCUCUUUUAACAAAUACGGAUCUGAAUUGGAUGACUUUUUGGAAACACCAGAUGUUUUGUCAUAUUUAGCUCAAAUAAGAUACACAGAUGAUGUAUAUGGAUUGCCUAUAGCGAUAAAACGGUUAGAAAUGGUGAGAGAACAUUUGAUUAAAAAAAAGGAGCAAAGUACAGAUAAUGAGAUGCGCGAAUUGUUAGAUAAUUUGACUCAGAAGACAUGGAACGUGUUUGGUGUAAUUAAAUGA